AUGUUUCGAUCACAUGAGACCGCUAAGAGUUUGACUUGGCAUGCUGCUAGAAAAUCAAUUGACGGUUAUAUGUCUCAUCCAGCGGAUUCCCCGUCUUGGAAACUUCUUGAUGAUAAAUGGCCCGAGUUUGGUAAUGAGCCGAGAAACUUGAGAUUGGCUCUUUCAUCUGAUGGAUUCAAUCCCCACAGUUCUCUAAGUAGCAGAUAUAGUUGCUGGCCAGUUAUCUUAGUUACAUAUAAUCUCCCUCCAUGGCUGUGCAUGAAACGAAAGUUCAUGAUGUUGACCUUAUUGAUUUCCGGUCCUAAACAGCCCAGAAAUGAUAUAGACGUCUACUUGGAGCCUUUGAUUGAUGAUUUAAAAUCUUUGUGGGAUGGGAUUGGAGGAGUGUAUGAUGCACAUAAUGGAGAAUACUUUACACUCAGAGCUGCAGUAAUGUGGACAAUUAAUGAUUUCCCCGCCUAUGGAAACUUAUCUGGUUGUGUUGUUAAAGGAUAUAAAGCUUGUCCCAUAUGCGGCGAUGAUACACCUAGUCACAGGUUGAAAAAUGGCCACAAAAUUUGUUACAUUGGGCAUAGAAAAUGGUUACCGAUCAAUCAUCCAUAUAGGAGGCAACGUGCAGCUUUUAAUGGGAAACCUGAAUAUGGCACGCCUCCUGAGCCAUUAACCGGAGAAGAAGUGCUGCAUAUGGUUGAAGAUGGUGACAGAGUUUGUUGGAAGAAGAAAUCAAUAUUCUUUGAUCUCGAGUAUUGGAAAUACCUUCCUGUGAGGCAUGUCCUAGAUGUUAUGCACAUUGAGAAGAAUGUUUGCGAUAGUAUCAUUGGUACAUUGCUGGAGAUCCCUGGAAAAAAUAAAGAUGGGAUUGCUGCUCGAUUAAAUUUAUUGAACAUGGGGGUCAAAACUGAUUUGCAACCCGAGUAUGGAGAAAGACGUACUCGUUUGCCUCCCGGGCCUUGGAAUUUGUCAAGAGCAGAGAAGAGAGAGGUUUGCAAUUCUUUCUAUGGUAUGAAGGUCCCUGAAGAUUCAAGACUUCUUGGCCUUAAAUCACAUGAUUGUCAUACCUUAAUGCAACAAUUGCUCCCUGUGGCAAUUCGUUCUGUUUUGGAGAAACCUGCAAGAUGGAUGUAUCCGUUUAAAAGAUAUAUGAAAGUGCUAAAGGGGUAUGUUCAGAAUCGUACUCGUCCCGAAGGUUGCAUUGCUGAGUGGUAUAUAGCUGAAGAAGCUGUAGAGUUUUGUACCGAGCAUUUAUCUGAUGUUAGUACAGUUGGAGUGCCUUCAAGCCAAAAGAUGGGAGUUUCAAAGCCAUUAUCAGGUUGCACAGUGAGCGUAGUUGAUCAGGACCUGUUGAACCAAGCACAUCUAUAUGUCUUGGAGAAUACGGAGGAAGUCCUACCUUAUAUCGAGCAACAUAUGAUCCACAUCCAGACCGCUUAUCCAAAAUUUAGAAAGAGAACAAAGUGGCUGCAGGAUAAGCACAAUAGCACUUUCAUUCAAUGGCUACGCUUCAAGGUUCAAAGUGAACUUAAUGAGGAAGACAAUCAUGGCGUAUCAGAAAAUUUAAGGUGGCUAGCAGCUGGUCCAAACAUGGCAGUGCCAUUAUAUAGGAGCUAUCUCAUUAAAGGUAUUAAAUUCAACAUCAAGGCACAAGAUGAUGUGCGGACAACUCAAAAUAGUGGAGUUUAUUUACUUGCACAUACUAUGCAAGUUGCUAGUGCCAAGGAUAAAAACCCAAUUCUCUCAAAUAUGGGUUUCUAUGGUGUCUUCAAGAAAUUUGGGACCUUGACUACCAAAAUGGACGAACUUGGAUUUACCCUUGUAGAUUUGAGUAAAAUUGGACAUAGGAAUGACCAAUUUGUUUUGGCUUCUCAAGUCAAACAAGUAUUUUUUGUUGACGACCCGAUGCAUCGUGGUUGGUCGGUAGUGUUAUCAAUGCCUAAUAGAGAAUAUAAUGAUGUUAUUGGUGAUGAUGUCUUAGGUGAUGUGAGAAUUGAGUGUGAGCCAUUUACUAGGGGGAUGCCAAAUGUUGACACAUUUGAUGAAGUGGUGGUUGAGUUAGGGAGUCAAAAUAUUCGAGAUGGGUGUGAAGAUAUAUGGGUUGAAUGA